AUGGAACUGCUGGUAGCGUACGAUGAUAUAUCCAACUGCCGCUACGUUGUUGAAGAUUUUGAUUUAGUCCCAAUCUAUGUUGAAUCGAAGUUGCCGCAGAAGCAUUUAACGCGUGAGAAACUAACUCCUUUACCAUCCGUCCCUGGUUUUUCCGGGGAGGGUAUUUUACCUGACGACAGUUUGGUUGAGGUCACCGUCAUCUCUCAAGAUUCCGAGGUAUAUGUGCCAGGAUCUCCACCUGAGCCAUCAGAAAUGCGCUCCCAGUACAAGCCGUCUGGAACCCGUGAUGUCUCGCAAGUCACUUCAUCUUCAAACACUGAAGCCACGCAACGUCUUUCGUCGGCUCGCACUGCAAAACCACGUAGACCCAGCGCAUCUGGCUAUGUCUCAAAUCUCGUUGGCCGUUUUGAAUCUGAGGAUCCUAUGACUGUCGCUUCUGUUCGAAGGUCAGCCACAAAACAUUCCACGACUACACCCCGACCUCCAGCGGGUGACGAUUCUCCGCGUCCAUUAAACCGAGACCAUUCAGAGUUUGCCGCCGAUGUAUCCAAUACAUUAUGCAAUCCUCCGAACAAAGAAGAUAAGAUACUGCUCAACAAUCAUUCGGAGUCUUCUACAAUCUUAUCUCCUGUAUCUCAUCCCCGUCACCUGGGCGAUGCAAGACCUCUUUCCGGUUCCGCCUGUUCCCCUGGUUCUCGCCGAAUAACGUCUCAGGCCAAAAUAUCUUGUCCAAGCCCUUUAGUCGAAUCUCCAACAGCAACCAGUCGCGUCCCCUCCUCAGUGCUUUCAAAAAAAUACACGCAGCAUUCCAGUAAAACCAUUCUCUCCGAUCCGGACACGUCCUCAGCUUAUCAGUCAGAAAGCUUGCCCCAUCGAAUGAAACAGAAGUCAUCCUCACAUAAAGUCAACAAAGACGGUACUCUGGGAGCCGUUAUGGUUGACAGCUUACCUCGCCAUUCUUCGCGGCCUUCAUCACACCGUUCGACACGUUCACCUGUCAAAUCAUCCAUGAAUCAUCCAAAGCCUGGCGAAGUUCGGCGAGUGCGAUUGCGCAGAGAUCACCCGGGUGAGGAAGUGGGCAUUACCAUCGCGUUACGUACUCCAUCUCCACCGGAGGUGGAGAGGUCUUCCAACGACUCUCCUGUGUUAGCCAUUCAACGUGUCAUGGUUGGAUCGUUGGCGGAUAGAUGUGGCACACUUUUUCCUGGUGAUAUUCUUCUCGAAUUCAAUGGUUGUCCGGUUCGGUCUAAAGACCAAGUGCUCGAAUUGAUGCGGCAGGCAUCUGGUGCCUUGGAAUUCGAUAUUCUGGUGAAAGCACCGUUCAGUGUUGACACUUUCCUGAAGCCUGGCUUGCAGCACAAACAAGAUACAGUCCACUCAAAGCGUUACAUUCGAACCUUCUUCGAUUACAACGCUCAGAAAGAUGCGCUCAUGCCUACUGGCGACGUCGGUCUAUCGUUCAAAGCUGGCGAAGUACUCGAGUUGAUCGAUGACCAGGAUCCGAAUUGGUGGCAAGUUCGACCACUUAACGAUUCCCGCGGAAAGGCACGCUUGAUUCCUUCGCAGACACUGGAGGAGCGUAGGAAGGCGUUUAAUGAAGAAAAGACCCCUAACUCCAGUUUACUUAAAGCCAGACGAAAAAUCAAAAAGUUCUUCCGUGCUUCAGACGCAUCUGCCUUAAGGCUUCGUGCGGACCUUUGGAGUUACGAGGAAGUGGUUCCGUGGCCCCAAUCCACAAUUCCAUGCUUACUUUUACUGGGAGUCACAGGGGUCGGCCGGAGGAACCUCAAGGUGUUACUAGUCAACGCAGAGCCAAAACGUUUUGCAUACCCCAUGUCCGACACCACCGACCCUGCCGCAUCGACUAAUCAGUUCUGCAUUUUAUCAAAGUCUCAGAUGGAAGCGGACGUUCGUUCCGGUGCAUACGUUGAAUGGGGUAAGAUUGAUGGUCAUUUCUACGGGAUUCGAUUUGCUGCCAUCCGCAAGAUCAUAGCCAGUGGACGAACUGCCGUGUUGGACUGUGAGCCUCAGACUGUUCAUCUACUUCAUCAACCGGAAUAUAAUCCGUGCGCGGUGUUUGUGGCGCCUCCCACUUUUGAAGUCGCUAAACGUAUGAUGGAGGAGGGUGUCCAUGCCGGUGUAACAAAAAACACUCGCUCAGAUGCUGAAUUGAACGCAAUGAUUGACGCUUCAAAGCGAUACGCUUCACAAUAUCGUCAUCUAUACUUCCAUACGUUGAUCAACUCUGACAUGCGCCACAGCGUGGAUAAAUUGCGUCGUUUGGUCUCUCGCCUCGAGCAGCAGCCAAGCUGGAUCCCAUCUGGGUGGGCUUAUGAACUGAGUGUUCCGGCACUAGCAGACUAUUCGAGUCAGAAGGUACGCCAGAGCCUGUCCGAUCGUGUCUUGUCUGAGAGGCGCCUCAACAACGUUUGUGCCGGGGUCGAGCAGUUUGAGUUCGCUAGGUAUCCAUGGUCUUCCUCCUUCUCGACCAUCAACGAUAACCCGCUCGAUUUUAUCUGGCAUUUCCGAGGCCUCCUCUGAGUCGGCUCACCGUCUUUCACGCCCCCCUAGCAUUGCUAGUGGCGUAACAGAGGGGCGUCCAUCGGAAAGACGUAGGAGUGAACCUCGCAGUGCUCCCCGUCUGUACGAAAAGCGUCGGAAGCCGCGUCAGGAUUUUCGUCCUCUUUCUCCAGUUAUUCUAGAGCAGGACACGCCAUCUGAUUCUGGCCUAAGCUACUCAGUUACUGCGGCGUCAACAGUCCCCACAGCAAGGACAUCUCAUCAUAUUCGGUCUAGAAUUUCGCACGGGAAACAUGACUCCCCGGACGAUUUCGUGGAUGUCACCACGUACAGACGAUCUCCGCCAUUCAAGCCAAAUAUAACAGAUGACCACCCCCUAGGAUCCGAUGAUGUUCGCGAAGCGAUAAGUAAACCACAUCACUCAGAUCUCAAAGACUUUGCUCCUAGAGUGGCUGACCCUGACGAUGAUGAUGAUGGAAUCAGCGACACAUCCACAGAAUCUGACUGCCACUCGAGUGGAGUUUAGAGUCCGAUCUGCAUUCCAAAGCCAUAUGAUCGGCCUUUUUAACUGGACUCCGCUUCCCCAACUCCGAACCUGGUAUUGAUUGUCUUCCACGAUGGUAUCAUUGAGUAUGCCAUCCCUCGUUCUAAACAACUACAUGUAGGCCUACAUAUCGCACUAUUUUUUAUCAUUGCCCCAUAUUUAUACCUGAUUUUCACGUUAAUCAAUCGGGCUGUGAUUUUUCCGCAUGAGAGCUGAUCCUCGUUCUGUCUGAUGCAAUUUUAUUUGCAAUUUCCCAUUUUUAUGUGCUUCUCAAUGCUUGGUUUGCUUCCAUGGUUAUUUGUAUGGUAUUUUCUACUUCACGCCAUUUGUAAUUAACGCGUAUUUACCGGGCAAAUAGAUAUUUCCCAAGCAUUGUCCGCAUUUUGCACAUUACCACCAUUGCACUAUGUUUUAGACAUUAGAGAUUGACCUCUUUGAGUUAACCGAUCGUUCGUGUUUAUCUGCUGUAUUUACUUAUUGCUCUUUCGGUUCGGGCAUUGUCUUUUUCAG